CAGGGGUCCACAGAACAGAACCAACGCAGCAAAUUUUGUUGUGUCCCCACUGCGAAAAUGUUUAAGCUCGGUUAAAUUAUACAUAAACAGUACAAUUAGUACGCGAUUCUUGAAAUAAAAUUAUUCGACACAACAUACACCAUCGUUAGUCAUAAUAAUUAUGGGCGAUUUCUUCAAGUCGCUUAACUUUAACUAUUUUAACAACACCACAUCCAGCAACGUUGGUGAUGAUGUUCUUAACGGGAGUGGUGGUGGCGGAGGAGGAGGUGUCAGUGGUUCCACAGUCAAUAGUGGCAGUUUGGACAAUGAUUACGUUGGCCAAUUCGUUGAAAUUGGUGGACAAAAGCUGCGAGCAAACUGUGUGAUAGCAGAAGGCGGCUAUGCGUUUGUGUACGUUGCACAAGAUGUAAAAACUGGCACAGAAUACGCCCUCAAGCGCUUGAUCGGUGCCGAUCAGCAGGCCUGCCAGGCCAUCAACAACGAGAUUAUGGUCCACAGACAACUAUCGGGUCAUGGCAACAUUGUCACAUUCGUUGGCUCCAACUGCAUUGCUCCGACUGCACAACAGGGUGCACAAUUUUUGCUGCUGACGGAACUGUGCAGGGGCGGCUCGCUGAUAGACUGUUUUCGAAUGGACAAUUCACCGCUCGAUCCGCCCGUCAUCCUGCGCAUCUUCUACCAAAUGGCACGCGCCGUUGCCCACAUGCACACACAAACGCCUCCCAUAGCACAUCGUGACAUCAAGAUUGAAAACUUUCUCAUUGGCAAUGACAAGCAAAUCAAACUCUGUGACUUUGGUUCAGCCAGCAAGGAGCUGCUUUCACCCACGUUUGAGUGGAGCGCCCAACAGCGUAACAUGCUCGAGGAUCAGCUAAAUACAGUGACCACGCCCAUGUAUCGCGCUCCUGAAAUGCUGGACACUUGGUCCAACUAUCCGAUUGGUCCCAAGGCUGAUGUUUGGGCAUUGGGAUGCAUUUUGUAUUUCCUUUGCUAUCAAAAGCACCCCUAUGAGGAUGGCGGCAAGCUGCGUAUCAUCAAUGCCAAUUAUAUUCUGCCGCCAGAGCAGCGUUAUCAUUGCUUCCGUGAAAUUAUCAAAGGCUGUUUUAAAGUGAAUCCAGCGGAACGUUUCGACAUCUCCAUGGUGCUGGAGCGAUUGGCAGCGAUUGCAGAGACACACAACUGGUCUCUCAAGGGCCCUUUGGAUUUGCGCGGCAUACCCAUUGGAACUUCGCCGUCUGAGAGCCCAUCGAGAUGUACGCCAGAAACGAGCCGAUCCGAGUUCUAUACCGAGCAUGCAGCUGCCACGCCCACGCCAUCAACUAGUACGCCUCAAACCAGUGCCAGUGCUGCUCCCAGCCACGGCAAUGCCAGCUUGUUAUCCUCGCUGCGUGGCGGUGCCGGGACACUGUUCAAGAACCUGAAGGACACCUCGACCAAGGUAAUGCAAACUAUGCAGCAAUCAAUCGCACGCAACGACUUGGACAUAAGUCACAUCACAUCGCGCAUUCUGGUUAUGCCCUGUCCCUCGGAUGGCUUUGAGUCCACCUACAAAACGAACAAUAUUGAGGAUGUGCGUCUGUCCCUGGAGAGUCGCUUUGCACCGCAAAAGAUAAGCAUUUAUAAUUUUGGAGCACGUACUGUGCCACGUCUGCCGCCGCCAGUGCGCACCGUGGAAGCGGGUUCCGUAUACGGUUGCCCACAGGCCCAUGCACCCAAUCUGCAGGGACUUUUUACUGUGUCAGCGGAUAUGUACAACUUCCUUAAUGCGGAUCCCAAAUCCGUGGUCAUUGUGCAAACAGGCGACUCCGGUGGUUGCACAGCAGCCACUGUAAUUUGCGCCCUUCUUAUGUACUCGGGAUUGCUGCAUGAGCCGGAAGAUGCGGUCCAGGUGUUUGCUGUCAAACGUCACACAAUCAACCUGCGCCCCUCGGAGUUUCGUUAUCUCUAUUACUUUGGGGACAUUCUGCGUCCGAUUCCAUUGCUGCCGCAUUACAAGAAUUUCAAUCUGGUUUCGCUCAGUUGCCAGCCUGUGCCUCGCAUGACCAAGGCUCGCGAUGGCUGUCGCAUUUACAUGGAAGUCUUCUGCAAUGAGAAGCUUAUGCUCAGCACACUACAGGACUACGAGAAAAUGCGACUGCACUUAGCGGGUCCUGGCAAAAUCGUGUUGCCCAUUAAUUUAACCGUCUGCGGCGAUCUGACUGUUGUAUUGUACCAUGCGCGCAAUGCACUGAAAGGCAUGGUGCGUCCACAGGGCCUCAAGAUUUGUCAGUUCCAAAUCAACACUGGUUUUGUGCCAGAACCUGAAACACUAAUUACCUUUAACGCUCACGAUCUUGAUGAUCUGCCCGAUCCAGAGCAGGUUCAUCCCAACUUCUGCGUGUCGUUAUCGUUGAGCGUUACUGAAACAGAGACUCCACCCAGCCAUAAGCCACCAUGGCUACCUGCCAAGGCAAAGCGCGCUGCUCAAAAUUUGUUCAGCUCCGAUUUGGAGUAUGUGGAGAUGCUCGAUAAUUUCGUAACCAAACCCAAUACACGUUCCUCACCGCCGCCGUCUGUUAGAAAGCCGGAACGUUCUGGUUCACCGCUGGUUUUACCUGAUGUUACUGAAAUUGCUCAUGAUGCCCCAGUUGCAAUGCCCGAGCCUUCGCCACCCAUCGAUUUGCUCAAUUUAAAUCAACAGCCGAGUGCAGGCGCCGCUUCUGCCGCCGCUGAUCCUAUGGCAAGCGCCAUGCCCAGUUCGGACGCCAGCUUUGAUCUGUUGGGCGCCUUUGGGGAUGAUGAUUCUACGGGCAUUGGAUCUGCACCAAUUCCAGACGUGUUGCCCCCGCCACAGGCUGCACAACAGCCCAAAAUCAAUACCGAUCUCUUUGACAUAUUUGGCUCAAUUGAUCAGAACAGCGGCAUCGGCACUCCAAAUCUUAAGCCGACCACCAGCACAAACCUGCCGCCCUUCAUGGGGUCUGUGCCAACCUUUGUUACACCACCAGCUCACACCACCAGAAAGGAACCAUCGCCAACUCAACCACAAAAGCCAUUAGAUCCGUUUGCUGACAUUGCCAACCUGGCUUCGGAUCUAAACAUUAACUUCAAUCGCAACACGCUUGGAGCCAAAUCGGCGAGCACAACUCCCGUAGGGCACAGUCCGCAGCCGACGCAGUUUUCCAGCCCCACGCACAAAUCAGUGCCAAGUCCAUCCCAACCACAGGCACAGCCCAAACCGCAAACACAGCAGCAGCCACAGCCACAGCCGUCGUUUGCCAAGACACCAACACAGCCACAACCGCAGGCUGCUCAAUCACGUCCGGACUACAGCCGCACCCAUUUCGACACGCCCAAGUCAGGACAGCAGUCGGCUGCUGGAGGUACCAAGAGCUCAGAUAUAUUUGCGGAUAUUCUUGGACAGCAGGGAUACUCCUUUGGCAGUAAAAUGCAACACGGGCCCCGUUCCAUCAAUGAAAUGCGCAAGGAGGAGCUGGUCAAGGACAUGGAUCCCAAGAAACUGCUCAUUAUGGAAUGGACGGAUGGCAAGAAGAACAACAUACGAGCCCUGCUUUCCUCCAUGCAUACGGUGCUCUGGGAGAAUGCCAAAUGGCAGAAAUGUGAAAUGUCAACCAUGGUUACCCCGGCUGAGGUUAAGAAGGCCUAUCGACGUGCCUGCCUGGCCGUUCAUCCGGAUAAGCAUAAUGGAACAGAACAUGAGGAAAUCGCCAAGCUUAUAUUUAUGGAACUAAAUAACGCGUGGACGGAUUUCGAGAACGAUGCCACGCAGCAAAAUAUGUUCAAUGCUUAAAGCUAUAACUAUGUAUAUACCUAUUAUAUAUAUAGAGAUAUAUAUACAUAUAUAUUGUAACUUUCCUUCUAUUAGCUGAAACUAGUGUAAAUCCAUAUAAGAGUGUAAGCUUUAAUUUGUAAAGUGAAAGUAUUUGUGUAUGCCGCAUAAGGCGUACACAUUUUAGUUAGCGCAAAAUGAACCCGAGUUGAAAUUCUAAAAUAUUUAUGGACAAUUUACUUAAUUUUUGUAAUUAAAACCCAGCCGCCCACAUUCCCAUAAAUGCACAAAAACAUCACUGUUUUCGGAGCAUGAAAAUAAGAGAAGUGAAUAAAACGGGUAUUCAAACUAUUCAUUAAGAGUAUCCAAACUGAAAACUGUCGACAAUAUUUAAAAAUUCUUUGGAAAACCAUAUUCAAUCUAUUUCAAGUGUGCUCUAUGCUUUGUUUAUAAAACUGUUUGUUAUUAUUCAAUAGAAAACAGACAGAUCAAUUAAAAUCGGCGUUAGAUACAAAUAUGACCUGGUCCCAACCCAAUAUGUGAUUAUGAUACACGCCUAUGCAUAAAAUGGAAACUUCAUAAGUUUAUCUAAAUAAAAUAUAUAUAUAUAUAUGAGUACACAUAAUCUAGAAAUAUUUGUAAAAGAGGAUGUAUGAAGUAUAGUUUCAAGAUGUGUGUGGUAGACCAAUCCAUAAAAACGCUUCAUUUACUAUUACUUUAAAAUUCCUUUAAUUUCAGCAUUUAAAAUCGAUCCACACAUACUCAGAUAAAUGUAAUAAAUUCUCUAUGCGUUUCCCUGCCAAGUGGAAACUGUUAG